AUAAAGUCUUGAAAUUUAUUUCCAAUCUCUCUCACUCACUCAUCAUCUAUAAUUUUGAAGUGGAUUAGGUUAAGGAAGAUGAUGAGCAGUAAUAAUGUGGGUCUGAGUCCUGGAAAUGUGCCAGUGAAUCACGGUGGGGUUCAUUUGAAAGACUUGGACCGGAGGGUUAGGACGACUGAGCUGGUGCUGAGAUUUUGGGUUUUCUUUUUGGGUAUUGUUGCUGUUACUCUCAUUGUUACUGAUUCUCAGGUCAGAGAGUUCUUUACAAUCCAAAGGAAGGCCACAUUUACCAACAUGAAAUCCCUAGUGUUUUUAGUGGCGGCAAAUGCCAUAGCAGCUGGAUACUCGGUGAUGCAAGGAACAAGGUGCAUAGUGAGUAUGGUUAGAGGAAAUGUGUUAUUUAACAAGAGAUUGGCAUGGGCUAUUUUCUCAGGUGACCAGGUUAUGGCAUACUUAACAGUAGCGGCAGUUUCAGUUUCAAUGCAAUCUUCAAUGUUUGGAAAACUUGGGGAAUCAAAAUGGCAAUGGAUGCAAUUAUGCGAUUUGUAUGGCCAGUAUUGUAAGCAAGCCGGAGAAGGACUUGCCAGUGCCUUAUGUGCCAGCAUAGGAAUGGUUGCUCUUUCUGGAAUUUCUGCUUUCAGUCUUUUCCGGUUAUAUGAAUAACCUAGAUUAAUAUAUACAAAUCCUAGUUAAAACUAAUAUAUAAUUAAACUUGUAAUAAUACUGCUAUAUAUAGCUAGCUUAGCUAGUAAUUACAUGUUUUGGUUUUGUGUUUGUUUUGUUCUAGUAUAUGCUCUUGGUUUGUCGACAAAAUGCAUCGAUUGAUCACUAUAUGUGAACCAGAACCAGUGAAUGAGUGUUUCUUUUGUCAUUAUCUAGUUAACAUGUUUAAUAUAUGUUAAUUAACUUGUAGCAUUAAUUGUUAUCAUAUAUGAUUUUUUUCCUC